AGGCGCGUCACUUAUCAUGUCAUUUGCAAGGGUAGAGGAUCUCUGCACAUAUUUCUGUCUCCACGAUUCUACUCGAGGAACAGUCAUGCAGUGUUUGCCGUGACACUAACUGAUUAACACAUACGUAGAAAAGAUCUAGAACUCAUAUUUGCUAUAAGAUAAAUUUAUAUUAUUAAAAUAAGAAUUCGCUUAAAUAUUCAACAAGAAAAGUGCAUAUAAUAGAAAAAAUAAAAUUUACAUCUUAUAACAAAUCGCACAUCAGAAACAAAAUAUGUGUAAGAAUGUAUUAAAAAUGAUUGAUUAUAAUAAUGUGAUUUUAAUAAGUGAUUACUAAUUAAAUGUCCAAUGUUAUUCAAAAAAUAGCAAAAAUGGGGAAAAGCAAGGAAUUAUUUACUUGCCGAGAUGUUUUAUGGUUGUUAGUCUUUUGUGGCUUCGCUAUUAAUUAUAUGCUGCGAUUAAACUUAAAUCUUACCAUAGUCGCAAUGGUGCUACCAUAUUCGAAACCCGCAGCGGCUGUGCAAUGUAAUAUAGAAAAUAAUACAUUACUUUGGACCAACGAAACAUCCCAAAAUAAUAAUGUAUCUUCCUCUUUCUCAAUUACAAAGCCGUCAUCCAAAAAUGUUACGUAUGAAGAUCGAUUCGCCUGGAAUGAGUACGAACAAGGAUUGGUAUUGGGUGCUUAUUAUUGGUUGCACUGGUUAUCACAAUUGCCUGGUGGUCUUCUAGCCAGGCGAUAUGGCACGAAACUUGUAUUCGGUUUAGCAAAUUUAUUAACGGCUCUUUUAGGAUUUCUUGUUCCUUACGCGACGCAUCUAUACGCUUUCAUAAUUCUUCGAAUGUUGCAAGGAUUAAUCGCGGGAGUUAUAUGGCCCUCGAUGCACGAUAUGACGGCAAAGUGGAUUCCGCCAAACGAGAGAAGCAGAUUCAUUAGCGCUUAUCUUGGAAGUUCUGUGGGAGCUGCGAUUACUUAUCCCCUGUGUGCAACUGUUACCAGUUUUUUCGGUUGGGGUGCAUCUUUCCACGUGAUGUCUUUGCUAGGCAUAAUGUGGUACUGCUUAUGGAAAUUUCUCGUGUACGAUUCGCCGCAGCAGCAUCCGCGAAUCUCCGAUGAUGAGAAAAAUUAUAUCAUGGACAACAUCGCCAAAUCUAUCGACAAAGAGGAAACACAAAUCCCUUGGAAAUCAAUAAUUCUGUCAGGACCGAUAUGGAUCACUAUUGUCGCACAUUGGAGUAGUGCUUGGGGUUUCUUGACGUUGAUGACACAAGCACCGACCUAUUUCAACUUCGUUCACGGUUGGAAUAUUAAUACUACUGGGAUCUUGGCAGGAACACCGCACAUACUCAGAAUGAUCUUCUCAUACUUCUUUUCCAUUAUGAGCGACUGGCUAUUACGUACAAAGCGAAUGAGCUUGACAAAUGUCAGAAAAUUGGCCACCUUCGUUUGUACCGGCGUUCAAGGUAUCCUUAUCAUGGCUCUCGGAUUUAGCGGAUGUCAUCCAUUAUUCGCGAUCGUCUUCAUGAUGACCGGCACAGCGGUUAAUGGUGCCAUUUCCGCUGCCACCUUGACAAACUUCGUUGACCUUAGUCCGAAUUACGCCAGUAUCCUCCUCGGAUUUGGUAACAUGAUCAUCUCAUGGGCUGGUUUUAUCUCGCCUGCAAUCGUUGGUGUACUAACAAAUAAUAACCAAAAUGUGGGACAAUGGCGUUUGGUCUUUCUAAUUGCUGCUGCCAAUUCGAUAGCAGGUGGUAUCAUAUAUAUAUUUUUUGGCACAUCGAAGGAACAACCAUGGAAUCAAUAUGUUAAAUUAAACUCGAAGGAACGAGAAAUGCAGGAGCUGGCCACGAAGGCCAUAAAAUCUGAUAAUAGCAUCGAGAAUGCAAACGAUACUGAAAAAAUAAAUUUUAGUGAAGAAAGAUAAUAAAUCUUAUCGGGGAGUAGAGAUAAUUUUGAUAUGUACUGCAAAUAUUGUAAUGAUAUGCACGAUAAAAAUGAUAGUUUAAUGACGCACGAUAGAUUUUUUUCUAUAAGGACAUGUUGAUAAAGAGGAUAUCAAUGAUAUUGAUAUAUAUAUUGUAUAUUCAAUAAUAAUAUUAAUAAUAAUACACAUUCACACAUACAUAACUUAAUUUUGGAAAUUUUGUCACAAAAAAAAUAAAACAAUAUUAUUUAAACAUGCUAAGACAUAUGUUUUAUGUCUUAGAUGCGUUUUGACAGAACGCAAAAUAUACGUUUACUCAAUUAAAUUUUAUAGUAUAUUUAUAAUAUUAUUCCGUUUCCGCAUGUGCACAAUGUGUAAAUUGUGAUACAUAAGUUCCAAUAAUAAAGUCGACAAAUUGAUUA